GUGACGUAGAAGUCCACGAUGGCGUCGCAGUACUACCAGGAGAUGCAGGAGAGCUUCAGGAAUAACAACAAAAGUCGCGAGUUCCCGGCGCACACGGCGAAAGUCCACUCGGUGGCGUGGAGCUGCGACGGCAGGAGGCUCGCGUCCGGCUCCUUCGACAAAACAGCCAGCGUGUUUGUCCUGGAGAAGGACCGCUUGGUGAAAGAGAACAACUACAGAGGCCACAGUGACAGUGUGGAUCAACUCUGCUGGCAUCCGACAAACCCGGAUCUGUUUGUCACAGCGUCUGGAGACAAGACCAUCCGGAUAUGGGACGUCCGCACCACCAAAUGCAUCGCCACUGUCAUUACAAAAGGAGAAAACAUUAACAUUUGCUGGAGCCCGGACGGUCAGACCAUCGCUGUCGGAAACAAAGACGACGUGGUGACCUUCAUCGACGCGAAGACACACCGCUCCAAAGCGGAAGAGCAGUUCAAGUUCGAGGUGAACGAGAUCUCUUGGAACAACGACAACGACUCAUUCUUCCUCACUAACGGCAGCGGCUGCAUCAAUAUUCUGAGUUAUCCCGAGCUGAAGCCAAUCCAGUCCAUCAACGCUCACCCGUCCAACUGCAUCUGUAUCAAGUUUGACCCCACGGGGAAAUACUUUGCCACAGGAAGUGCAGACGCUCUGGUCUCACUGUGGGACGUGGAGGAACUGGUGUGUGUCCGCUGCUUCUCCAGGUUGGACUGGCCAGUGAGGACUCUGAGCUUCAGCCAUGAUGGAAAGAUGUUAGCCUCAGCCUCUGAGGAUCACUUUAUAGACAUCGCUGAGGUGGAAACAGGAGAGAAGCUGUGGGAGGUUCAGUGUGACUCCCCGACUUUUACCGUCGCCUGGCACCCCAAGAGGCCGCUGCUCGCCUACGCCUGCGACGACAAGGAGGGCAAAUACGACAACAACAGAGAGUCGGGCACCGUCAAACUGUUCGGCCUUCCCAAUGACUCCUGAGAUUGAUCAGAGGUUUUUUUUUUUUUUUUUCUGGUGAAAAUAGUGAGCUUGUAUUCUUCUGAUGCAGUCUAGUCUGACUUAAGGAGAAAGAGAAGGAAAGCAUGCGCCAUACUGCUCGGAGGAUUCAGUGCAUUUAAGCUGUAACCUGUAAACAUAACAGUUACCAUUCACCACCAGCAGAUGGCGCAGCUCUCCCAACUUUAACCUUAAACAGCUGAUUUCAUUCCCUUUUUUUACACACACACGAAAACACAACUCCCCAGUGCUGUAAUAUAAUGCUUUUUGUAACAUAUGCAAUGUUUUUGAUAUUAAAAUCGUUCUUUUUAUUAA